AUGGGCGCGGCGUUCGAUAGCUCGGACGACGAAAAGCCGGCGGCCAAGAAGGCCAAGAAGACGACGGACGGGAAGCCGCGGCUGCUGGCGUCCGACCACCGCAAGCUGCGCCAAGAAAAGAAGAAGGCGGCGCUGGCGCUCCUCAAAUCCAAAAAGGAGAUUGCCGUCACGCACGAUUAA